UUGGAGAACAAUAUUUGUGCUUAUAUUUUGUACCAAAACGACAUCGUUCCUUUUUCUUCUCUCUCUCCGCUCUUUUUGUUAUCCUCAAUACCCCGUUGCGACGACGUUUAAAUCGUCUUCAUCUCCGUUCUCGCUUCUGAUAAUUCCACAUUUGAUACGUCAUGGAAGAUGUACUGACUGAGAUUCCGCCGCCAUCGAGGUUCUUUCAGGAAGAUCUCAACAACUUCACACCUCCGUCACCGCCCCUUCCCUCUCCCUUCCUCUUGUUCUCUCAAAAUCCUAAUGGAGCGGCCGCAGAGAUGCCUCUCCGCCCCUCUCUCCUCAUCGUUGCCCUAUCCUCCCCAUCCCUCCACCUCUUCCACAACGUAUCCUACAAAACCCUGAUCGGAACCCUAAUCCUCCCGGAAACCCCCUUCUCCGGCAACUCAAUCGACCCCUCUCUCAAAGACAAGUCCUGCAACAUCUACUCCCUCCCAAACCCCCAAACCCCUGAAUCCCCAACCCUCCUCGUUUCCUUCCAGUGCCCAAUCGGCGCUGAGAGAUGCCACGCCGUGGCCAAGCUGCUCACUUCUCACCAGAUCGUCCCCCAGAGGGUCCUGAUUCUCGACUCGGUCCAGACCCUCAACUUCCGAGGCAGGCUUUCGAAGGACGAGGCGGCAGCGUUCAAGCUGGAGACCACCGCGGAAAGAAAGGCGCCGUCUUUGAAGCUGGAAUAUUUCCCCUCGGCCAGCGUCGUGGAUGGGCUGGGCGCGGCGCUGUUGGCGGCGUGCGAAAUCAAGAACAUCAGGGCGGCGCUCUGCGUGACGUGGCCGCAACUCGGAGCUUUGGUGCUGUCCCUGAUUAGGUCCCACAUCCUCCCAGCCUUUGAUUUGGAAUCGAGCAUUGAUUCUGGUUGUGAGGAUUAUGUGAUUUUAGGGCAAGAUAAGGAUCACGGUCAUCCUUUUGAUUCCGAUAUGUAUACUUGACAUGUUUAUUGAGUCUACGCUUUUUUCGCUCAUCUGCUUUUCUGGGAUUACACAAAUUCUGAAUUUUUUUUUUCUGCAAUUUGUAUUGGUUGUGCGAAUUUCAUUUUUUCUGAUAUAUAGAUCAACUAUCUACGAACAUGUAUUAGCUUUUUCUACA